CCUCCAGUCUGACGCGAAUUCAAAGACGAGCGAGAGGCAUCAGCAACAGGGCACUGCCAGUUCACCAGCGAGGACAGUUAUACAGAAAGCAUCUCGAUCGUCUAGACGAAGAAUUGGGACCGAACGGCACUGACGUCAUUACUCGCUUUUGAUUGCGUUGCUCUAAUUGUGUGGGGAUUUCUUGCAUUUUUGCGUCAUUAAAUGGAGCGGCGUAGGUGACGUUUGGACUGUUGCGUUCAAGAGGAGCUCUUCCAAGACCAAAAGCCGGCGCGGAAAAAUAUGUAUGGACGCUAUACACAGGAGUUGGGGGCCUUUGCCAAAGAAGAGGCAGCUCGUCUGCGUGAGGAUGGAGCACUGCGGAGGACCACCAGUGUGCGCGGCCAGGCGCCAGAACUGAUGGAGUAUGAGAAGGACCCGUGUGCCAAGUGUCAAGUCUGUACAUCAUGGUGUCGGAAGUUCUUGAUUUCCCGUGUUGGUGAAGACUGGAUCUUUCUCAUCCUCCUGGGACUUCUCAUGGCAUUGGUCAGCUGGGCUAUGGACUAUACUAUUGCCUUCUGCCAGCAAGCACAGAAGUGGAUGUACGGUGGUCUGCACAAUAACAUGUUGCUACAGUACCUGGCCUGGGUCACUUACCCAGUAGUUCUCAUCACAUUCUCCGCCGGCUUCACACAGAUACUGGCGCCACAGGCAGUGGGCUCUGGGAUCCCAGAGAUGAAGACCAUUCUCCGAGGUGUGGUGCUAAAAGAGUACCUCACUUUCAAAACCUUCGUCGCCAAAGUGAUUGGCUUAACUUGUGCCCUUGGAAGUGGCAUGCCUCUGGGCAAAGAGGGACCAUUUGUUCAUGUUGCCAGUCUGUGUGCUGCUCUGUUGAGCAAAUUCAUGGCGUUGUUUGGAGGAAUCUACAUGAACGAGCUGAGAAACACUGAGAUGCUGUCAGCCGCCUGUGCAGUGGGGGUGGGCUGUUGCUUUGCGGCCCCUAUUGGAGGAGUGCUGUUUAGUAUUGAGGUCACAUCUACGUUCUUUGCUGUGAGGAACUACUGGAGAGGAUUCUUCGCGGCAACCUUCAGUGCUUUUAUCUUCAGGGUGCUGGCGGUGUGGAAUAAGGAUGAGGAGACAAUCACGGCUCUCUUCAAAACGCGCUUUCGUCUGGACUUUCCCUUUGACCUCCAAGAGCUUCCAGCUUUUGCUGUGCUCGGGAUUGCCAGUGGUUUUGGAGGUGCGUUGUUUGUCUACCUGAACAGGAUCAUAGUAGAGUCUAUGAGAAAACAGAAAACCAUCAACAAGUUUUUGCUAAAAAAAAGACUAGUGUAUCCAGCAGUGGUCACUCUUCUUGUCUCUACACUCACCUUUCCUCCAGGGUUUGGACAGUUCAUGGCAGGCCAGCUGACUCAACAUGAGUCACUAGUGGCACUGUUUGACAACCAGACCUGGUACAAGCAAGGUGUUGCUGAGGAGUUUGCGUAUUCAAGUGAAGUACCCCAGGCCUGGAAGCAUCCACAAGUCGGUGUGUUUAUCACACUCCUCCUCUUCAUUGUCAUGAAGUUCUGGAUGUCAGCUUUGGCCACAACAAUGCCUGUUCCUUGUGGGGCCUUCAUGCCGGUUUUCCUCAUCGGGGCCGGGUUCGGUCGACUGGUGGGCGAGAGCAUGGCCGCCGUCUUCCCCGAAGGAAUACAUGCUGACAGCACUGUAUAUCCCAUAGUUCCCGGCGCAUACGCAGUUGUAGGGGCGGCGGCUCUUUCCGGCGCAGUCACUCACACCGUGUCCACCGCCGUCAUUGUGUUCGAGCUGACCGGGCAAAUCUCGCACAUCCUGCCCGUGAUGAUCGCCGUGAUAUUGGCCAAUGCCGUGGCCCAGAGUCUGCAGCCUUCCCUCUACGAUUCCAUCAUCCGGAUCCAGAAACUUCCCUACCUGCCAGAGCUGGGCUGGGGACAGGAGAAAUAUAAUAUCCGUGUGGAGGACAUAAUGGUGAGAGACGUGCGGUAUAUCACUCUCUCCUCCUCUUACCGGGACCUGCAGGAAGCGCUCAUAACAGGCCAGCUUAAAACCCUGGCCUUGGUGGAGUCCAAAGAGUCCAUGAUCCUGCUGGGCUCUAUAGAGCGCUCCCAGCUUCAGUCCCUGCUCUCGCAGCAGCUCUGCCGAGCUCGCAGGCUGGAGUACUUGAGAGAACGUGCUCAGGACAAUGGCACCCAUGUGCCCACCUUCCCCCAAGACUCUCCCUCCAGGACUGGUUGUGGCGUACGGUUCCUGAUCUCCACUGAAGAGUCCUCCUUCAGCCCCACACUGACUAACUCCCAGAUCCCCCUCAAGUCUGCUCUGAAGACGGUGUCUGCAAUCAGCAACACAGAGUCAUUGAACAGCUCUCCAAACCUCUCCUCUGGGGAACCUGUGAAGGAGCUAGUUGAGAGCAAUGCUGGCCCCAAGGCUCCUAAGAGGAGCAGGAGGCCCAAGCGUGUGAAGAUACCCAUGGCGGAUUCACCUGAUGUUGAAGAUGACAUGUCAACAGCAGAGAUAACAGAGUGGGAGGAGCAACAGUUGGAUGCGGCUGUUAAUUUCAACAACUGUAAAAUAGACCCUGCACCCUUUCAGCUGGUGGAACGGACAUCUUUGCAUAAGACACACACCAUUUUCUCACUACUUGGUCUGGAUCAUGCCUAUGUCACCAGCACUGGACGUCUAGUUGGAGUUGUCUCUCUAAAGGAGUUGCGUAAGGCCAUCGAGGGCUCUGUAACUGUGACUGGAGUGAAAGUCCGUCCCCCGCUGGCCAGCUUCCGUGACAGCGGCAACAACAGCAGCGUCUCCGAGGUCACUGAGCUCCACAAGCUCUGGAGUCGUAACAGGAGCCUGUUGUUACCACGAGAACCUAACCUCCCCGACCUGGAUGACCAAACGGAGCAGCCGUCCGAGGGCAGCUUGUUAAACGAGACCGAGUGCACAGAGCUGUCCAGUCAAAACAGCCCAUUACACACAGACGACCAAUCAGAGCUGCCCUACACCGACGCCACGCCCCAAGAGGAGCACCUAACGCAGCUCCCCUGUGACUGUACCCACCCUCUGGAGGACGGGGGCUCCGAGGCCGUCAGCGAGCAGUGCCCAGCUCCGAUCAAGGAAGCAGUGAGCGAGGGAAUCCCCUCACCGCCGAAGGAUCAGCUGGAAUGACAGCUGCUUGCGCUCGGUAACACACACUCCAUUUACAACAUAAGCAGAAUUGUGAAGUCAGGUUAAGGAGAAACUGGAGGAAGUCUUUAAGUGAUGAAGCACACUCUCUGUUCCGCACUAAUCAAAUCAUCCCUAAUCGCUGGUCCUGCCCUUACACGAAACACGUCGUGUGUUUGCAUGUGUGGGAUGUCAUAGAUACGCACUGCAGUAUGAGUGCCAUGUGGCUUCAGAUGUGUUUGACGAUGGGCUCAUGAGCGAUCGUCUGUUUGUACUUGUGUAUUUGUCAUACAUUUGGGUUUCUGUUUAUUUGUGGCUUGAUAGCGCAUUUCUGUGUUGAUGUAUGUUGAUGAAAUCCAUUUAAAGAAGUUUAUGUUUGAUAAUGUCAGGGCGGGUUUCAUCAUAAACGUGUUUGUCCGUUGAUUUGUGGCUUCCUCGCACAAGCGACAGAGUGUGUGUAAGAAAAGCUGAGUGUGUGUGCAAGAGUGACUCAGCUGCACCUAGCCAACGCACCCAUCUGGUGCCGACACUUUAAAUCCAAAUAAAAUUGUCUCUUAGAGCCAAACUACAAAUUUGCUCUAAAUAUAGCCCUUAAUAACCCACACUGCAAGAAAACAUGGAGAGUAAGAGCAGGGGAAGAAAAGGGAAUGGGUGGGCAAAAGAGGACACAGAGGACAUGGAGGGAACAAGAACAUGAUGCAAAAUGAACGAAAGACAAGAGGGAUGCAUCAACACAAGUCGUGGAAAGGCAGGAGAAUGAAUGGGAGAGUGGGGUAAACUGUGUCACUUUUUACUUAGGUUGUCUACUAAGCAAGAAGAAAUAAGCAAUCAGGGAAAUGAAUAUGCCUGAUUAUAUUUUACAAAUACAUGGGGCAAAGAAAUAUGACUUUGUCCAGUGAUAUAACUUACCCCACAUAAGAGAAAGGAUGUGUUGUGAACCUAAUUAACAUGAAUUUUGAUAAUUUUGAUAAUUUUGACAAAAUUCACAUUUUCACAAACCGAAAUCUAGUGCAUUUGCAUGUAGUGUAACAGUUUUCAACAAUUUAUGAUAUGAUAUGAGUAUUAGUUUUUUCCUGCAUUUGGAUGCAAAACUCAUCCUCACUACAUGGCUCUGGCACCCUUUACCUUAAAGCUAAAAUUGUAUCAUUUCUAAUUCUUUGCUAAAUGUAUUUAUUUAUUCAUGAUGUGAUGUAAUGACACACAGCAUCUUUGGCAUUGAUACAUUUUUGACAUCAUACUCAUUUUUCCUGCCAUGUAAGAAAAUUACCUUGAUAUGCAGGUUUUGUUUUAUUUUUUAUUUUUUUUUAUUUUUAACACAAAAAAUUGCUUAUGUGAUUUACAGGCAGCUAAAUACAAAGGUCAUUUUUUUAAAGCAUGGUAAUGUGACAAAAAACAUCCAGUCUGCUAGAUUACAGGGUGGCACAUCUUACCCCACUCUCCCCUUUAAAACCAACAGUGACUCAUACAGUUUCCAACCAGGGUAGUUUUGAAGCACAUUGUAAUUAUCAUUCAAACAAAACACAGCAAUGCACAGGCGUUUUCCAUACUGACAGCAUGGGGGAAAAAUUUUAUACAUUUUAAAAAACGCUUUAGCAAAUCAUCAUUGAACUCACCGUUUGGAUGGUGUUGCCUGUAAUUACGAGAAAUGAUAUCCCACAUUAUGUAGGCACGUUAAGCAUGCGCAGAUCUGUAUCAGGACCAGUGAGUAGCAUAGCUGCCUGGCCAGUAAAAAUAUAUAUAAGCAUCUUCCUUAGAAACUCAAAAACUCUGAGAGACUCCAAGUGGAGAAACAGAGCCUCUUAAAUUCUUAAUUAUAUGCAUGAACCCCGAUGCAAUCAUUUGCAUGCUCACACACUCGCAUAAACAAUAUGCAUCAUACUGCUUUCCAGCCAGCUUAAAUACAGCCAUUUAAAAAGACUGCAUAGACCGGUUUCAUGUUACUUCUUCAGGUUUACUUACAUGGCCUUUUGCGUUUUUAAUUCAAGGCCAGAUUUGUUCAGAAAUAGAGUGCAAUAUUUUUCUUCACGACACGUCACAGACUACGACGACCGUGUAGAUCGAGUGAAGUUUUCGACUGUGUUAGACCCGCAAGAACCAGCCUUUGUAUAAAUACCAUUGCAGGGAGUUUGUGGUCACUGUGCAGAUCUCAUCCAGCAAUCAUCGAAGUAUUCAAAUGUGAUUCAUUGCAUCUGUGUACCUGCAAUCUGAAUUGUUUUACAUAUGCGCAAAGCUUUGAAAAUUUGAUUUUGAGCUGUCAACUGUGCAAUAAUGUCAUAUAAGAAUUACUGCUUGCCAAAUAGGAUUAUUUUACUGAACAUUGGCUCUAUUUCUACAGUGCAUAUUAUUUUGAAACUGUUUGCGAUAAUGCACUUCAUGAAUAGGACAUGUACUGAAACAAAAGGACAGUUAGUAUUUUGAAACGCCUUCAGAUUUCGUUUUCACAACUUAUAAAGUGUUUACUGGACCUCGGUGGUGGAGUUUUCACAAGUUUCAGCCUGAGGAUGAUGUAAUGUUCUUUUAUUGUUUGCAUCCAAACUGUGGCUGAACGAAGCUAUGCAGUAUGGUCAAGAACAGCACAACUACCCCAGACACAGCCUAAGCAGAGCAAAACAGAGAAUGACUUACGUUUCUUUUUCUUGUGCACUGCAGAAUUGGGAGGCUAUGGGUUUGAUUUAAAUGGAUCAAGGCAAGUGGACCAAAACCAUAUCCGUGAGACUGACUUCCUGACGCAGCCUUUUCUCAAUUUCGCAGAAUCGCCUGCUACGGGUUCUGCGAGCCACUAGAGAGAAAUUCAUCCGGCUGCACUAAUCAGCUGUUUUACUAACGUUUGUUAUGAAACCGAAUCCUGAUGUGGGACAGGAAUAACUUAAGCUAAUAAUGAUCUUUAGAUAUGUCGUGUCAGGUUUUGUCUCUGUUUGCUUGUGCAGUUUAAGUCAAGCCCACGGUGUGUAAAGUGUCUGCUAGUAUGCCGCACAUUCAGUGUAGAGUUAAGCAAUAAGUCUGCUCCCAUAUCCAUAAAUGGUUUUUACAAAUCAUUUGCUUGUACAGAAUACAGGGUAAAGCGGUAUGUAUAUGAAUUCUACUCACAUACCCUGUACAUAUAGAGAAGCAUAUUGAAUCAGCAUUAACCAUUAUUUUUCAGAGAACAUUAAAUUGUUUUGUACAUCAGUAAAUAUUAAAUUUCAACUUUAAAGCUU